ACUCUGCGCCGCAAACACGUGAGAAAACACACACAACAUGGACAUCACAGAGGUUCCCGUGAGCCAGGACAGCACAGGUAAGAAAAACAACAGCAAGAAGCAGAAACAGAAGAAGAAGAAGAAGAGUCCGGAGGGAGCCGGAGAAGGCAGCGGAGCGGAGAUAAAGCCGGAGGUGAAGAUGGAGAAGAUGGAGGAAGGGGCCGCCUUCCCCCCGACGUUCAGCGUGUCCGAGAUCAAGAACAAACAGCGGAGACACCUCAUGUUCAUGAAGCUGAAACAGGAGAAAAGAAAGCAAAAGAUGCAGCUGAAGAAAAGGAAGAAAAAAGAACGUGCAGCUUUAGGCGACAAGGCACCGCCGAAAGAGGUCCCCAAGACGAUAGAAAACCAGAGAGUGUACGAUGAGACCAUGGUUGAUCCAGAAGAUGAAGAGGUUGCGUUUGAUGAGGGAACUGAUGAAUUUUCUGCCUACUUCAACGGACUGACGAAUCCCAAAGUGCUCAUCACAACAUCAGACAGACCCAGAGGGGUGAGAGGCUGCUGCCUUUUCAUUAUAUGGGAAUGUUUUUAUUACCUUUUUAUCAUUAGAGUUGUCAGAAUAUGUCCGCUUAAUAUCAGGGAACCACUGCUGGAUUUAGAUUUAUUCCCAUAG